AAUCAGAAAUGUUAUUUAGCAUGUAAUAUUCAUAAUUUAUUUAAUUAUCUUUAAUAGGAAUUGAUCAUGUUAUCAAUAUCUAUAUAACGAUUUUGAUAGGAACAGCGAGAUUUAACUUGCAACAUUCCUUGCAAAGAAAUUGUUUGAAACACACUUGAAAAUAAUCUUUUGCGAUUGCUAUAUUAGAAGAUUCAAGUAUACAAAGGUUAUUCACAUAACUGUCAAACAUCUCGGUCAAGAUCACGCGCAGAGAGAUAACAUAAAAAUGGGAACCAUGAGUAGUGACACUGCCGACUGAUAAGGAACAAAAUGGAACUCCCAUACUACAGUAUGUUGGUCCUGAUCUACGCUGGUCUGUCAGCAAUUGUGAUUGGUCAAACGGAAGCAAAUAGAAAGGUUUCUUGCACAUUUGAAGGACUAAAAACCUUCAUUGCAAUUGGUUAUCAUCUUACUGAACACAACCAUUCUGAUCCGUCGACACUGCUCGAUAAAAUGAUCAGGGUGAUGCUGUUACGAAUGAACUGUGAGAAGCGAUACAAGGCCAUGCUUUUCAGGAAAAUGCAUGAACAUCAUGGUGAACACUGGAUAAACACCCUCCCAGCAGCAUAUGACGAGUACUUAAACAAAUCACAUGUCAAGAAAUUCGUCACGAAAAUAACAAGAUCAGAUGCAGUUACCGCAACAACGCUUAAUGCAAUGGCUGCCACGAUUUUGAAGGUGGCUAUCAAUUUUGAAUGCUUUGUAAGCCGUACACUCUUCGAACCAUCUGAAGAUUUCACCAACGAUUUCCUCUUAGAAAAUAAUUAUGAGCACACCCUGAAGAUGAUAAAUCAGCACUACGUUCGUCAUAUGAAUAGUGACAAAAUGGACAGAAUGAGUUACGUUAAUCGAUUACAGUGCCUGAACGUCAAAACGGCAUUAGGGGAUAUACAAAGAGAACUGAAAUCCCAUGGUCACGAUCAACAUAUUCACCAUAGUGCUGGUCAUAACCAAGGCAACGUUCAACCUCAUCACAUUGACCUCCAUGGCAAAGAGAACGACCAUGUACGGGACGUGGCGCCAGUACUCAUACAUCCAGAUGAUAAAGGAAACCAUUUAAACAAGUUCAAAAGAAGCUACAAUGUGAUACAUAAUGAAGAAUAUGCUGCUUCCAGGAAUAAAACAGACACAAGUUUUACAAAGAGUAUUCAGGAUCCUGAUAUGAAUUCAAAUAUAGAAAGCGUAGUGUUUAAACCAGUAAUCACACAUUAUACGAACGUGAAAAAUAGUGAAAACGAUGGAAGUCACCAGUAUAACGCAGGCAAAAAUAAGCAAUUAAGAGCAGCGCAUCACGUUCAUAACGCCAGCAACACAAACAUCAACACUGUAAAGGAAUACGAUACCACGGAUUUUCAUAAUAACGAUACACAUGACGACAGGAAAUAUAGUCAUUAUCAAGGAACUAGAGGUAGCAUGCACAACAACAGUAAUAGUAAUAAAGACACCGUAAAACACAAACACGUCCAUCACGAACGUCAUCCAACGCACAGCAGACAACACACACAUACACAACCCUCAGAUGCACAAACUAUUCAGGCAACAGCUGCGCAUGUGACUGUUGGACAUAAUCAGGCUCAUAAUCACAAUCAGCAAUCUAAUCAAGCCGGACGACCGCCUAAUCAACAGCAAAUGUUGUCAACACACAAAACCCUAACGCCACGAUCAACAUCAUAUGAAAGAUCAACGCCAACUCAAAAAUCAACUCCAGCUCCACAAGCAACACUAAACCAACAACCACCACCGGAUCACCCAAUGCGACCAGAGGAACGACCACCAUCGGAAAACCACAUAAACUGUUUGAGUACAGAGAACAGGUGGUCAAAACCAAGACAUCUUCAUCCACUACAGAGAGAACAUAUUGACAGUUUUUACGCAAAUAUAGCACUUGCAAUGAUCAAAGGUUAUAAACUCCAAGAUAACGAUUUACCUUGUCCUGGAGCCUUUCUUCAUGAUAUGUUCGAUAAAUAUGGAGAGAAAGGUCUGCUGAACUCAGCUGGAUUAAAAAGAAUUAUGGCUGUUAAAAAGCCAUUGUCAGGUCAUUUGGAGCAUGCGCAUAACAGUCAAAAACACGAUCACCAUGAGAACGUAGUGCACGCGCAUAAGCACGAUUCUCAAAUCAACACAACAUGCGAGGUUAAGAGGAGACGAAUUACAGAAGGCUACAAACAAUUUGUGAACGUGGAAGCAAUAGCUCCAAAAGUCAUGCCAUGCUUGAGCAAGGACGAUCUGAAAACCAUGUUCCACGUGAAAGGUGGCAUAACCAUGACGACAUUUCUUGAUAUGUGUCCAGUCAUACUUCAACAGCUGGUCAGUGACGCAUGCGCGAAUAAGUCUACAAUUGUACAACAAACAACACCCCUUGAAAAAUACGGAUUGAGUACACUCUGUGUGUUCAUCAUUAGCCUGUGCUCCUUCGCCGGAGCCGUGUUCGUCAAGUGUGCUCACAGUGUUAACCGGGUCUACGUCAUGGCUGGUCUCUUAGCUCUCUCUGUUGGCUGUCUUCUUGGUGAUGCAAUUAUCCAUCUCUUACCACAUGUUCUUGCUCAAGGUCACCAUGGAGACCACGACGACUCAAACACUGUGUACAAGAUGUGCGGAGCAUUGAUAAGCGUGUACAGUUUCUUCCUUAUGGAACUCUUCUUUCGACAUUCUCACAACCAUAAAAACGAUGCUGACAUGGACAUUGAGAUAUCUAGAGAUACACAGUCUUGUACUUCAACAACGUCUGCAGUCAGUGACAUUCAGCUGAUAGACAUGAGAAAGAACAACCUAAGGACGCCGAAGACAGAGAACAAAACCCGUGUCUGGCAGAAGGUGUCAACGAACAGUGCAGAUGCUCAACCGGAAGAGGAAACAAAACAGCAAAGUUCUGGUUCCUUGAAAUGGAUGGUUCUGAUUGGCGAAAUGGUGCACAAUUUUGCAGACGGCAUGGCUAUAGGCGCAUCGUUCGCAGAGAGUUUGACAGAAGGUCUGUCGACAUCUCUCGCCGUUUUUUGUCAUGAGCUUCCUCAUGAACUAGGAGACUUCGCAGUUCUAUUAUCUACUGGGAUGUCAGUCAAGAAAGCCCUUUUACUUAACUUUGCCUCAAGUCUGACAGCGUUCAUUGGCCUGUACAUAGGCGUCGCCAUAGGCUCGAAUGACGAGGCUCGCCUAUGGAUACUCUCUUUUGGGGCUGGCAUGUUUGUCUAUAUUGCACUCGCAACAUUGAUGCCGGAGCUGGUCGGUUAUUUCAAUUGCUAUACAAACAUCAAAAUGUUUCUGUCACUAAAUUUUGGACUUCUUCUUGGAUUUCUUUUUAUGUUGCUAUUAGCAGUCUUUGAGGAUGACAUAAGACUAAUAUUGUAAUGGGUUUGGUAAUGACAGAAACAGGUAUUGACAUGUCGACAUAAGACUUU